ACAAGGACAUCCAAAUGAUGAGAUUUAGAAACUAAGUCCAACAUCACUUCCUCCUAAGCUAAUGUUUCAUUCUCUGUUGGCUCCAUGUAAGUAACUUGGAUCACAGCAUCUGGACAAUCCAUUUCCCACAUCUUUAAACAGGAAAUAAAGCCUGUCCACCUGACUGGGGCAAAGCCAACUGGGGACUAAGAGCAGGAAGUGUAAAAAGUUACCAAGGAUGAUGAAGUUUUCCUUUUAAAAAGAAAGAAGAAUUCUAAUGUGAAAACAAAAAGAAGCAUCUGAAGAAGUAAAGGGAAAAUUUGGACCUGUGUUAAGAUUUUGGAGAGUGAAAGAAUGUUGUACAGACAAAGGAAGGCAGAAGGACCCCUGAAGCCAACAAAUAGAUAUUGGGCUCUUCCAGGAGGGGAAAGAGCUGGGCAUUUUGAGAAAUGAUGUCCUCCAAGUAAUGAUGGUAUGGAUCCGUAGAAGCUGUCAGGUGAAAGAGCAUCCUCAAAGCAUCAAAGGUAGAAGAAAUGAUGGUGUAUGACUGAUGGACACUGGACCAACUAUCUGUUGACCUAAUGAAAAUAGAGAUGUCUUCUGUCUUCCUAGGGAGGAGAGGUCCCAGCAGAGGGAACAACUGAAGAAACUCUUCUUGAUCCUUGCCUGACACAAGACCACCAUGGUCAAGCGAGUUGCAAUUGUUGGAGCUGGUGUGAGUGGCCUCACCUCCAUCAAAUGCUGCUUGGACGAGGGUCUGGAGCCCAUCUGCUUCGAAAGGAGCAGUGACAUUGGAGGGAUAUGGCAAUUCACAGAAUAUGUUGAAGAGGGCAGGGCUAGCCUUUAUAAAUCUGUUGUUACUAACAGCAGCAAAGAGAUGUCCUGUUACUCAGACUUUCCUUUCCCAGAGGAUUUUCCAAACUUUGUGCCACAGUCCCAAUUUUUGGAAUACCUCAAGAUGUAUGCAGACAAGUUCAACCUUCUGAAAUGUAUCCAAUUCAAGACCAUUGUCUGCAAUGUGAAAAAAUGUCCAGAUUUCUCCAGCUCUGGCCAGUGGGAGGUAACCACUGAAAAUGAAGGGAAGCAAGAGUCAGCCAUAUUUGAUGCUGUCAUGGUCUGCACUGGUUAUCUCACUGACCCAUUUUUGCCACUAGAUACUUUUCCAGGUAUCAACACCUUUAAAGGUCAGUACUUUCACAGCCGGGAGUACAAGCAUCCCGAUCUGUUCAAGGAUAAGAGAGUCCUUGUGAUUGGCAUGGGGAACUCUGGCACAGACAUUGCUGUGGAGGCCAGUCACGUGGCUAAAAAGGUGUUACUCAGCACUACUAGAGGUUCGUGGGUGAUAAAUCGGGUUUUUGACCAUGGGUAUCCUUGGGACAUGGUGUUCACUUCUCGAUUUAGAAGUGCAUUAAGAAAUUCCCUCCCAACUUCAGUGGUAAACUGGUUAAUUGGCAAAAAGGCAAAUAGCUGGUUCGAUCAUGCAAACUACGGUUUGGUUCCAGAAAACAGGACUUUCCUAAGAGAACCUGUACUUAAUGAUGAGCUUCCAGGAUGCAUAAUUACUGGAAAGGUGGAAAUCAAAGCCAAUGUGAAAGAGUUUACAGAAACCUCUGCCAUCUUUGAAGAUGGGACAGUGGAAGAUGACAUUGAUGCAGUGAUUUUUGCUACAGGAUUCACAUUCUCUUUUCCUUUCCUUGAAGAACCUACAAGAAGUCUGUGGGGGAAAAAAAUCUACCUAUACAAAUAUGUGUUUCCUUCAAACCUGGAAAAGCCAACAAUGGCUGUUAAGGGCCAUAUCAGCCUUAAAGGAGCCUUCUUGCCAGGUGCAGAACUCCAGGGAAGAUGGGCCACAAGAGUCUUUAAGGGGCUAUGCAAGAUACCUCCAACAAAUCAAUUGAUGGCAGAGGCUACCAAGAAGAAGCAGCUUGUUAAAAAGUAUGAAAUAUUCCUCACCGCAGAGACAAGCAAGUGA